CCAUGCUCGGGGCUGCGGCCGCGGCGCGCACCCCGGCUCGGCGAUGAGGAGCGGCGCGGAGCGCAGGGGCAGCAGCGCCGCGGCGCCGCCCGGGUCGCCGCCCCCCGGCCGCGCGCGCCCCGCCGGCCCCGACGCGGCCCCGGCCCCGGCCCCGCCGCCGCCCGCCGCCAGCCAGCCCCGGGCCCGGGACGCGGGCGAUGUCCGCGCGCAGCCGCGCCCCCUGUUCCCGUGGAGCAAGUGGAAGAAGAGGAUGUCCAUGUCGUCCAUCUCGGCGGCCGCGGCGCGGAGGCCCGUGUUUGACGACCGCGAGGACGUGAACUUCGACCACUUCCAGAUCCUGCGAGCCAUUGGGAAGGGCAGCUUUGGCAAGGUGUGCAUCGUGCAGAAGAGGGACACGGAGAAGAUGUAUGCCAUGAAGUACAUGAGCAAGCAGCAGUGUAUCGAGCGGGACGAGGUGCGCAACGUCUUCCGGGAGCUGGAGGUCCUGAGGGAGAUCGAGCACGCCUUCCUGGUGAACCUCUGGUACUCCUUCCAGGACGAGGAGGACAUGUUCAUGGUGGUGGACCUGCUCCUGGGUGGGGACCUGCGCUACCACCUGCAGCAGAACGUGCAGUUCUCCGAGGACACGGUGCGGCUGUACAUCUGCGAGAUGGCGCUGGCCCUGGACUACCUGCGUGGCCAGCACAUCAUCCACAGGGAUGUGAAGCCUGACAACAUCCUCCUGGAUGAGCAGGGCCACGCGCACCUGACUGACUUCAACAUCGCCACCAUCCUGAAGGAUGGCGAGAGGGCCACCGCGCUGGCCGGCACCAAGCCGUACAUGGCCCCCGAGAUCUUCUACUCCUUCGUCAACGGCGGGACCGGCUAUUCCUUCGAGGUGGACUGGUGGUCCGUGGGGGUGAUGGCGUACGAGCUGCUGCGAGGAUGGAGGCCGUACGACAUCCACUCCAGCAACACCGUGGAGUCGCUGGUGCAGCUCUUCAGCACCGUCAGCGUCCAGUACGCACCCACCUGGUCCAAGGAGAUGGUGGCCCUGCUGCGGAAGCUUCUCACUGUGAACCCUGAGCACCGGCUCUCCAGCCUCCAGGACAUGCAGGCAGCCCCGUCCCUGGCCCACGUGCUGUGGGAUGAGCUGAGCGAGAAGAAGGUGGAGCCGGGCUUCGUGCCCAACAAAGGCCGCCUGCACUGCGACCCCACCUUUGAGCUGGAGGAGAUGAUCUUGGAAUCCAAGCCCCUGCAUAAGAAGAAGAAGCGUCUGGCCAAGAACAAGUCACGGGACAGCAGCAGGGACAGCUCUCAGUCGGAGAACGACUACCUCCAGGACUGCCUGGACGCCAUCCAGCAGGACUUCGUGAUUUUCAACAGAGAAAAGCUGAAGAGGAGCCAGGACCCCACCCAGGAGCUCUUGCCCUCCGAGGCCCCGGACGCCAUGGAAUCCACGGUGGACAGCGAGGCGGAGCCCGCGGCCCUGCCCAUGUGCGGCUCCAUCUGCCCCUCGGCGGGGAGCAGCUAGAGCGCGAGGGCCCUUGCUUCUCAAGCUCCUUUGGAGACUCAGGUCGGCCGGGGGGC